UCUAUUUCUUAUAUAACUUCCUGCCAUCUUUACACGCACGCACGCGCAUAAUAUAUAAUUUAUGUAGAACUGACGCGUCCCACGAUUUAUACACGUGAAAGCGGUCUAUUCUGAAAACGAUAAAUAUUUUCUAUAUAUAUAAUGAAAUGCGCGGGCCAGAACAAUACAUGCGCGGAAAUCUUAUAGAGUAGGAUUUCCUUCGAAAUCAGUCGAUGUAGAGAGAAGAAUAAAAAAAAACAGCAUUGAAAAUACCUUCGAAAUAAAGGGAUCGUGAGUUUUCAACACUGUCAGCCGGUAUCGUAAUUGUAAAUGUAAAUUGCCAAAUGUGUGGUGAGUGAAUUUACCGAUUGCGACGCUAAAACUGCACAUGGUAUAAGUUGAUCGUGUAAAACGGAUGGACUAAAACCGAGAAAAAUCAUUUGAGAACUUGCAUCCAAUUAGCGAUCGAUUUAAAAGAAGUAAAAACGUAUUAUUAACAACGCUGGUUUCAAUAAUAUUCUCGUCUCGUUUUCGGGACGGCAGCUGGAUAGUGGGGCUUAAAUUAUCGCCGAACAUUUAUAAACUAAAUGGCAAGUGUUCCGCUCAAAGCAGCCUUCCUAGAGGAAGGUGUGCGACCCAGGGAUUGGGAGCCCCGGCGACGAUCCUUCAAGAUCCUCUUCAGGUUGUUGCGUCUCUGUGUCCUCGGGACGUUUUUGCCCGCUUUACUGGUCACUGGUCCGAUUUACUUGCGCUAUCACGUGUAUUCGGAUCAGCUUUAUCCCUUGGCCGCGUCUGACCAACGGUUAAUCGAUGGAAAAGUGUCAACAACUUGGUGCCAGACGCAGUUGGUGAAAGUAAACGGAACAUUCAAUGCUUACCUGCUGGAUCAGCAGCCAGAGAUCAAGGCGGAAACAGUGCCCGUGACGAUGACGAGGCACUUGGUCCUCGAGGACGACAUGAAGGAGUACUGGGGCUUUUAUUUGCUCCGAGGCAGCAGCGUCACCGUCUCAACCUGUGUAAGAUGGCCAGGUGCUUCGUUGACCAUAAUUCGGGGUCACAGACACCUUCACGAGUGCGCUUUCAUUGGCGAUGACAGUAGCGAGGAACUCGAAGAACUCUACGAGAUCGCCCAGGAACAGGGACUCAUAAAUCCAUCCGUGCCUGACGGGCCCAGCAAUGAACCUGAGAAGAUGGAGAGGGUGCGAGUGGGGGUCAAGUUCCACGAUGAAAGUAGAGUCACGGGCGUUAACCACACGUUACCUGCAUCCAGUGGCAUUCACCAAUUGUCGAGCCACGAGCUGGACGCGCAGCAAAUGCGGAACAUUCUCACCCAACUCUUCGCGAAGACCCUGUCGACAAAGAAUAAGCAGAAGGAAACGCCCCAUCAUCACUACGAAGGAACGUACAGAGAGUCCUCGAACAUCGACAGGCCACCGACUGGGACUCCCGAUGAUUAUGUGAAUCUGUUCCAUAGUGACGAACUCCCGGCGACUCAGAGCUACGCGAAGCAGACGACGCCGGCCUCGCCGAUACCCAUGACGGUAAGGGAGACCGACGAGGAGAUGCCGAACACGACGACUGAUCCGGGAAUCGACUCGGGCGAAGUAUUCAAGGACGUGCUUAGUAAGCUUCGAACUCUGGGGUCGCGGGGAAAAACUGUUCUCCAGGAUCUCAUGGCGGAGAUCGGACCGGAGAGAGACGCGAGUUCCGAGGGGUUGCGGAGAUUGGUUAACGACGCUAUUCAGGAUGAUGGAGAUGUCUUGACUGCAGAGGAGCGUAGAAGAAGAAGAAGAAGGGAAGUCAUACUUUCAUCACCGCUCAAUGCUGAACUAAACGAGGACGACGCGGACGGAGACGCCGCCGUCGAAGAGGGGAUGUUGAACCCGGACGGCAUAGCCGAGGAUCGUGGCACCGUGAACGAAACAACUAUGAACGAUAGAAGCAACAGCGAGUUCUGGAGUUCCUUCAGCAGCUCCGAGGAGCGUCUCCUGGAGUGCAAUGGUCUAAUUUUGAAUCUUCCACUAACGCCUCAUCGUCAUUGUACCCCGAAGUUCGAGGGUGACCAUGUCGCUGCUUCUUUGGCCAACACCGUCACUUACAGGGUACCGUCGAACGGUUAUUACUUCUUCGUGUUCAAUUCCGAGAAUGAGAUUCAGCCGAACUUUAUAAGGAUACGUUUCGAGCUGGAGAAAACGUCCUACGACACGUCGAAUCCGAUGCAGUCCUGCAAGAACAGCACCGGCGCCUGUUCCCUGCCCCUCAGUUUCUUCAGCGCCCAGAAGGCGGUCCUGGAAUUACCAUUGACUGGAAAUGAGUCACAGUGGAACGAAGAAUACGUGGUAGUCUCGACCUGCGAGCCGAGGACGGCCAUUUACGUGGUUUGCAUAGUCUCCGUGCCUAUCCUCGUUCUCGUAUUCGCCUUUCAUUGAAUGCCGAAGAGUUUCUUGAUGAGAAACUGCCGGCUGUGUCUUUUGGGC